ACUCAGAAUUCAGCGUCCUCCAUUCCGAAGUUUAGCGUACUAGCUUCGAAAGUUUCCGAAACUUGUUCUCUUGUAAUUCAGUGAUUAUUACACGUGCCAACAUUGAGGGUGAUACGUGAUUCCGGCGUUGGGUUGUGAAAGGCAAGGAUUAUGAAGUCCGUCGUCCAAUAUUUAGUUGUAGCUCUGGCUCUGAUCUUCGUGCAAAUAUCUUUCACCGAGAGCUCGCUAGCUGACAGACGCCGCUAUAAAAAUGAAAGAAGAUACAAAGAGGCGCAAAGCGCCAUUAAUAUCUGCAACAUAGCCAACAGAGAGGCCAAGGUCCACUGCUAUUGUAAUAAUAUUACGGCAAACGCUGCAACUUUUGUUGAUUGUUGGGUUUUCAAUGGCGAAAUCACCGAAACUGAUCCGAUAUGGUCAUCCUUCAGUUUACAACCACAUAUAGAAAGACUUAACUUCAACAUCAGAUCCACCGGCGCUAUGAGUUUUGUCCCGUUACAUGUGGUACGCCCUCUUAAGAAACUAGAAAAGUUUUACAUUCAUUACGCGAAUAUCAGCAAAAUUGAAAGAAGGACAUUUUCAAACAUGAGCACGUUGAGAGAGAUUAAGCUGAAGCACGACAAGAUAACCGAGUUAGAUUUCUCCUCGUUCACUAACUUGCCGGCACUUGUGAACCUAACUAUAAAACAUAACAAAGUAUCAGAGAUUCAACGCGACGUGUUUGUGGAUUUGCCGGCUUUGCGAUACCUGGAUUUAUCGUCCAACGACAUUAGUCUGGCUCACGAAGGUUGUUUUGAACAUCUGACGGUGCUGAGUGAUCUAAUCCUGGAAGAAAAUUCGAUUACUGUCCUCAGCAGAGAGAUCUUCAGAGGGCUAGCUAAUUUGACGCGAUUGGAUCUCAGAUCUAACAAGUUAACAAUGAUUGGAGAUUACACUUUCGCCGAAUUGUGGAAUUUGAACGAGCUCCUGUUGGAUAAUAAUGAGUUGGAAUAUUUACGUGAAAGAGCUUUUGACGGCCUCGCUCUGCUCCAGAAACUGUCCAUGACCGGGAAUAAAUUGAGGUCCAUAAAUGAUCGGCUUUUAGAAGGCAUCAGGGGACUUGAGUUAUUAGAUUUGAGGAACAAUGAGCUCGAGUUCUUUACGUUAGAUACGGUUAAACCGAUACUCGACAAUUUGAAGACGAAAACGUCGGUCCUUUAUCUGAGCGGUAACCAAUUAACUUGCGACUGUCGCUUGUCGUGGAUCCACGUACUGCGCAACGAGACUAAGAGCGAACCCCUCAUGAGCGCGCUAGAGGACGUGACUUGCGUGCAGCCCACAGCACUCCCCGUGCCCAGCCAACCCUCGCCAGCCAACGGCCAACCACAGCAGUUCGAAAUACAAACUAAUGAUGACGUACAGGACGAGGAAGAUAUCUAUGAAGAUGCGAUUCCACCAUACAAACUUGAAUCCACAGUUCCACCUACUGUUGAACAAGUUGCUGUAUUAAAUAUCCCCUUUGAAACGCUGGCGUGCGCGCAAUCGUCUCAAAACAAAGACUCCUUAAUGCUAUCCUCGAAAGACGAGAGCUACUGGCGACCGAGCUCCAGUUUCAAAAUCCUUUCAAACCUGUCAUUAGUGCUUACUCUAGUCACUAUAAGUUAUAUGAAUUAAGCAAGUGAAACUGGACUUUGAGGGAACAAUGUAAUGCGCUUGUCGUUUUGACGUCUGCCGUUUUCUUCUAUUAUUUGUAAGGAUGAAGAUUGGUUAAUUGUAUUUAAUUAAAUUAUUUUGUAGCGAUAACUUUGAUGGCUCGUUUUAGGACAUUCGGAAUAAUUCUGUAAAUAGCACUGUCAGCUUUACUGUCGCGACAUUAUUAAGUUGGCAUUUGUCGACUUUGAAUUUUGCCAAUUUUCUAAUAAAACGUGAUGUCCACAGCCGUAUUAUUACAGUCUCAGUUAUGUUGUCCAACGUGUCACUCGUUCCAAGCAAGAAAAUGAAGCGAGUGGUGACGUUGCUGGCUCUGGCGACAGUAACGCAUCUAACAUACAAUAUUUAAGAGUUGCUCCAAAACUUUAGAGUAAAAAUGUCGGUCAAUUGCUUUACUACUUUUUAUAACAAUACAUAUAGGUAGGUAUAGAUAUUUGAAAACCGCGAAAUAUAUUGAAAUUCUACUCAAAGGUCUGAAAAAAUUACUUAAAAAUGAUUUUCGAAUUGACCGACGUCCGAAAUAACAAGUUUAGAUUUUACCACUCAAAUAUUUUAAGUUAUGCUGAAAUACAAAAUACGUUUGUCAUGUUUUCGAGCCCGCAAUUUUUCUUCAAAUUAAACUAAGUGCUCAAACUUGGUCGUUACUUGGUUCUAAUAUACGCUCAGAGUUGCCUAUUAACUUCAGAAACUGUAUGGAGCAAAGCUUUCCACAGAAACUAGCUAACUAAUAUCUAAAGCUUGGCUUUGGCAAACCUUAACUUGAUUAAUCAAAUGUGGCUUCUCUUGUACAUAAACAAUCUUGUAAAUGUUAUUUAGCUACCGUCUACUAGUACAUAGUCUAAAGGCUCUCACACACUACGUAGAUACGUCAAUAUAUAUAUCCUGCAAUAUUCUGUCUAGACAACUUAAUAGCUACAGUCACUGAGAUCUCAAAGAGCCUUCGGUUUUCGGGUAAAAUGGGACGGACCUCACCGUACGUAAAAAAUAAGAAACUUGUAAGUAACCGAUAUUUCGUCAUUUGUUAGUUUAGUGUAAUCGUCACCAUA